UGCCGGACGGUGGGAGAAUAUUAAUCUCGUUGGUGUGCCGUGCGGGGCGCCGGUCAACGUGGAUGGCUUGUUGGUCCUGAUAGGUUCCUGCCCCGGCCCGUUUAGUGACCGCAUUUUUUCAAACGAUGAAGGCGACUUUGGUCCUUUUGUUGGUGGUGUGCUCCAUGGCGGUGGUGUACGGUGACCUGGUGUGUGGUACGAACUACUGCAAGACGAACCCGUGUACGUCCCCCGUGGCUAGCACUAGCUGCCGCACACCCUCUGUGUACCGCGCCAACCACGCUGGCAAGUGCGCCUGCUGCCCAGCCUGCGUCAGCUUCCUCAACGAAGGUGCAGCUUGCAAGACCUACAGCAAGGAGUUGGGAGAGACCCCCUCAGCGAUUUGUAAGGAACCUAUGAAGUGUCUUAAAGGCGUGUGUGUCAAGUACACCCCUAGGUCUUAAGUUAAGAAUAAUAGUAUCCCCACUAAUAGAUAAAACUAACAAUUAAAUUCUGCACAGAAUAA